AUGUCAAAACGAUUAUUCUCGCAAAAUACAAGUAUUGAUGAUGAUCAAGGAGAUGAAGAAUUCACAAAAUCAGCCAUUCCUCUGAGUAAGAAGGAGCCAGAUAUGGUGAACGGCAUACCUGUUUCUGGGGAAGAUUAUUUGCUGGUUGUUCGUCGACAAGCCAAGAAAUGCGCUCAAACUGUAGUUGCUCCACCACCAACAAAAACCAAAAAAGUCAACUUACCGUCGCAUUUUCAGUUUUUCCAUAAUGAUGCCAGCAGGGUGGAGGAUCAAGCUUCUUAUGAAUGGAGAAAGGGGUUCUCAAAGCCAUUCAGAUCUUACCAAGAGUACAUGCAACACAACAAACUGCCAUGCCAUACUCACAAAGAAAUUACAUCCAUCGACGAAGCUUACAAGAUUCUCUACUCACAAAAGCAAGACAUCAUCACAUUUAUACCAACAUUAUCACAGCAUACGAUAUUGCGAUUGCUGCAGUAUCACAUACAAUGGUUAAGCACAACUACAGACAUUGCAUUACAGUGCCAAUGGAUAUUUAGCUUACUGGUCUUCUUGGAUCCUGUACUGACAUCGAAAAACAUAGCUGUGCUUCGAGAUUUGUCAAGAGAAUGCAUGAAAAUGAGAGCCAAUGCACCACAGAAUCUUGCUCCUUUAAACAUUGUCAUCACCAUCAUAGCAGAUGUCUAUGGACAGUCGGAUCUGCUUUAA